CCGGGAGAAAGGUAGGUUGUGACAUUCAGAUCCGUAGAGUCGCGGGGGGAGCAGUUAGGAGGCGGUUAACCGAGGAAAAAAACACACACUUUUCCCUAUUUUACCUUGCUAGGCUCGAUAAAGUUAGCUAAACUCAGUCAUUAAACGCGGACGUAAAAUGUUGCCUCUUCGCUCGACGGCAGCUUUGAAGGAGCUGCUUCAGAGCCAGCUGAAGUGGCCGCUCAGAGCCGCUGUCAGAGCCCCGCCUGCGGUCGCGGCUGGCCUCAACUUCGCCUGUCCGUUCAGCGGCUGGAGAGCUCCGCAGCCCGGCAGGAAGGCCGGCUUCAGGGGCUACUGCACCCCGGCUAAGGGCCACAGCGAAGCUACCAGCGAGACUACAGCAGAGAAGAGAAGAAAGGCAGGCAUCCUGCCCAGCCUGGAGGAUCUGCUCUUCUACACCAUCGCAGAGGGACAGGAAAAGAUCCCAGCACACAAGUUCACCACAGCUCUUAAAUCCACGGGGCUUCGCACAGGAGAUCCGCGGCUCAAAGAAUGCAUGGAGAUGCUGAAGGUCACUUUGAAGACCACCUCAGAUGGAGCACUGGACCGACACCUCUUCAAAAAAUGUGUCCAGAGCAACAUCGUCCUGCUCACCCAGGCCUUCAGGAAGAAGUUCGUCAUUCCAGACUUCCAGUCGUUCUGCGCGCACAUCGAUGAGCUCUAUGACAACGGCAAAACCCUGUCCGGAGGGCAGGUGGCGGACUACAUUCCUCAGCUGGCUCGCUUCAGUCCCGACCUUUGGGGCGUCGCUCUGUGCACUGUCGACGGACAACGGCACACAGCAGGAGACACCAAGGUUCCCUUCUGUCUGCAGUCAUGUGUGAAGCCGCUUAAAUACGCCAUCGCCGUCCACAACCACGGCACCGAGUACGUGCACCGCUUCAUUGGCAAAGAGCCCAGCGGCCUGAGGUUCAACAAGCUGUUCCUGAACGACGACGAUAAACCCCACAACCCUAUGGUUAAUGCUGGAGCCAUCGUCUGCACCUCCCUCAUCAAGCAAGGAGCCAGCAACGCUGAGAAGUUUGAUUAUGUGAUGAACUUCAUGAAUAAACUGGCAGGAAACGAGUACGUUGGCUUCAGCAACGCCACUUUCCAGUCGGAGCGCGAGUCUGGAGACAGGAACUUUGCCAUCGGCUACUAUCUGAAGGAGAAGAAGUGUUUCCCCGAAGGGACCGACAUGACCUCCAUCCUGGACUUCUACUUCCAGCUCUGCUCCAUCGAGGUGACCUGCGAGAGCGCCAGCGUCAUGGCGGCAACGCUGGCCAACGGCGGCUUCUGUCCAAUCACAGGCGAGCGCGUGCUGAACCCCGAGGCGGUCCGGAACACGCUGAGUCUGAUGCACUCCUGCGGCAUGUACGACUUCUCCGGGCAGUUCGCCUUCCACGUGGGGCUGCCGGCUAAAUCUGGUGUCGCCGGUGGGAUUCUGCUGGUCGUUCCCAAUGUGAUGGGCAUCAUGUGCUGGUCUCCUCCACUGGACAAGCUGGGAAACAGCGUGAGAGGAAUCCAGUUCUGCACGGACCUCGUUUCUCUCUGUAACUUUCACAACUACGACAACCUGAGGCACUUUGCCAAGAAGCUGGACCCUCGCAGGGAAGGUGGAGACCAGAGGGUGAAGUCUGUGAUCAACCUGCUGUUUGCUGCCUACACCGGAGACGUCUCCGCCCUGCGCAGGUUCGCUCUGUCCUCCAUGGACAUGGAGCAGAGGGACUACGACUCCAGGACCGCGCUGCACGUGGCUGCUGCUGAAGGUCACGCGGAGGUGGUUCGCUUCCUGCUGGAGGCCUGCAAGGUCAACCCGGUUCCCAAAGACAGGUGGGGAAACACGCCGAUGGACGAGGCCGUGCACUUCGGCCACCACGACGUGGUGACCAUCCUCAGAGAUUACCACAACCAGUACAGCCCUCAGGACAGCGAGGCCGAGAAGCAGAGCGCCGAGAAGAACCUGGACGGGUUGCUGUGAUGGAGGCGGUCUGUAGCUGACUGGUCCUGCAUAAUAACCCCACACUCAACAACCCCAACAUCUUAAAGGUUCCUUCAGUAUAAAAGCUCCUCAUCAUGUAUUUUAUCUGUUCUCUGAGUGAAGAAAUCUUUGUUUUCAUUCCCUCCUCUGCGUUGAAGCUCGAAUGAAACAAGGAGGCUCAAGUUGCUUUUAUUUUGAAAACAGGAAGCAGCAGGAUUUUAAUCGUUCCUCAGUUGAUCAUCUUCAGAGUUGGGAUGCAUCCCUGACCCUGGGUGUGUGUAUUUCUUCCUGUAUAUAGGAGGUGUGUGUGUUUCAUAUAAUCAGUGUAAAUAUGUUCAGGUGUAGCUGUUUGUGAUUUUACAGAAAUCUUAAACGUUGUCAGUAUUGAAUCUUCAGCCCAAAGCUUUUGGUUGUUUUUAUCUUUCCUGGAAAGCUUAACUUGAAUUAUUUCCACCUUCCUAUUUUUAUUUAUUUCCUGUUUUUGGAACACGAAGGAAGCAGCUAAAGUUAGCUAGAGGGGGUUUGGACAUAUCAGACGUGCCACUGCCAGGCUGCAUGGACCCGCUUCUGCUUUAUGUUAGAAUGACUGAGCUGCAAGCAGAAGGGAUGAAUAUUUAGCAAAAACGGUCAUGGUCCUGACAUACACCAGAACCAGUAAUAGAACCAGCUGGGGGUUUCCAGCCCAUUUCUACACCACAUCAGCGGUCCUGGUGAUUUAUCUCUAGUCAAGUGUUUGAACUCCUAGUCCUGGACUUGCUGGAGUUGGACCUGCUGAUUCUGGCAGGACUUCUACACACCAGCUUCUAACUCUUGAUGAAGCGGUUCUUUGCUCAGUUGGAGUUGAGACCAGAACCAGACCCAAACAUCCAUCAUCCUGAAUAAUGAACCGCCCUCUUAUUCCAUUUUCUGUUCUGGUCAAAGAUCCAGCAACAAAUCUGGAAUAUUCUCCCUGCUGAGAGCAUGCUCCGUGUGAAACACUUUAAAGGUGUGUGUGUGUGUGUGUGUGUGUGUGUGUGAGGGAGGGAGGUAAACCCUGGUGGUUUGUUCCACUCAGGACGCUGAGAAGCUUUACGAUGCAGAUUGUUUUUAACCUCGGUCAUACUGGAAGAGUUCUGCAGAGGUCCGGUUCUGUUUCUGUGUUUAUUUUGCGUUAAAAGUUUGAAACAAUCAACUUUUUUUUUUUCCCCCAAAACCAGCAGAAAACCCUUCGGAGCAUUCCUGUCUUUGGGUCAGAACCGGUCUCUUCAUGGGUUAUUUGUGAUUAAAGAAGCACAAAGCUGCACAGUGACCCUCGCUGCAGCUCUUUGAAUCAUGUGACGUGUGUUUGUGUGGGUGCAGCUUCCUGAAUGUAACGUGUUUGUUCUGGUUCUUCUUCAUGUGUAUUUAUGCCGCUGCGCCACACCUCAGAUAUUUAUGCACACUGAAAAAAAAAAUCUAAUAAAACACUAAAAACGA